UCCUCCCCUCGCUCCCUCCCUCCCUCCUCUCCACCACCUAUCCGCCGCCUCCUCCCACCCUCCACAAACCCACGCAGCUCCAGCGGCGCAGGCGCAUCCCAGCUCACCGGCGGAGAUGGGCGGCCCAGGCCUCUACUCCGGGAUCGGCAAGAAGGCCAAGGAUCUGCUAUACAGGGACUACCAGACCGACCACAAGUUCACCCUCACCACCUACACCGCCAAUGGCGCCGCAAUUACUGCUACCAGUACAAAGAAGGCUGAUCUUAUACUUGGUGAGAUCCAAUCACAGAUCAAGAACAAAAACAUCACUGUAGAUGUGAAGGCAAACUCAGCAUCGAAUGUCAUUACUACAAUUACCGCUGACGAUCUUGCAGCACCAGGGCUGAAGACCAUCUUGAGCUUUGCUGUUCCUGAUCAGAAAUCUGGAAAGGUUGAGCUCCAGUACUUGCAUGAUUAUGCUGGUAUUAAUGCAAGCAUUGGCUUGACUGCCAAUCCUGUAGUCAACCUCUCCGGUGCGUUCGGAACUAGUGCUCUAGCUGUUGGUGCUGAUGUGUCGCUUGAUACAGCCACCAAGAAUUUCACCAAAUACAAUGCUGCACUUAGCUACACUAACCAGGAUCUUAUUGCAUCCCUGAACCUGAACAACAAGGGAGACAGCCUGACCGCAUCCUAUUACCACAUUGUGGAGAAGUCCGGCACAGCUGUCGGCGCGGAGCUGACCCACAGCUUCUCGAGCAACGAGAACAGCCUCACCUUUGGCACCCAGCAUACCCUGGACCCGCUCACCCUUGUGAAGGCCCGGAUCAACAACUCUGGCAAGGCCAGCGCGCUGAUCCAGCACGAGUUCAUGCCAAAGUCGUUGUGCACCAUCUCGGCGGAGGUGGACACCAAGGCCAUCGAGAAGAGCUCGAAGGUCGGCAUUGCUAUUGCUCUCAAGCCUUGAUUGCGAAAUCAAGCCCCCCAUUCUCUAAAGCUCUCAGUCAGGGGUGUUCCUCGGUUUCGGAUGAAAUCGGGGCGGGUUGACAAUACUUCACACGCCUUGGGCGCGUUGUUGCAGUCUGUUAGAUUUGAAGAACUGCCGUGUUUCAUUCCUGAGGAAUUUUGUCUUUGCUCGGUGUAGUGCCUGUCCGUUGAGCCACACUUCUCAGUAAUAAUUCAAGCUCUGAAAAUUCCGAACUUGAUUCAGCA